AUCUCCAUUUCCACACAUUUCACCGGAGAAGCAUGAUCCUCAUGGCGGCGGCCAAGAUCGCCGUCCUCCUGGCCAUGGCGUCGCUCUUCGCCGCGGCGGGAGCAGCCGAUCCCCAACUCAUUAAGGGUGCCCAUUGCUGGCGGUGCUACUCUUCCUGUAUGCACAAAUGCGACGGCUAUCGUGAUGCCGCCGUCCUCUCCGCCAACCGCACUCAGCCCGCCGUCCACACGACGGUCGACGAUGGUGCAGCAGCGGCCUCCAUCCCCGUCAACUCUACCGAUGGUACUGCAGCAAUAGUACCCUCCACCGAUGGUGCAGCCGCCCACCUCGCUGAUGGCUACGAGGACAAGGACGACGACGAUGACAAAGAUGACGACAACGAUGAUAAGAACGACAAAGACGAUGAUGAUGACGACGAUAAGGAUGAUAAAGACGAAGACGAUGACGAUGAUAAAGAUGAUAAGGACGACGACGACGAUGACUAUGACGAUGAUGAUGAUGACGACGACGACGAUGACGACGAUGAUGACAACGAUGGUGGCCGUGGCGACUGGGAGAAAUACUUUAGGUGCAAGAAGUCGUGCAUCGUGGACUGCUACAAGAGGCUGCCGCCGGUGUGCUACAAGAUGUGCAUCUCCGAGAGCUGCCUCAACAUGCCACCACAUAAACAGGCGCAUUGCUACAAAUCAUGCGGGCACAAAUGCUACCACAAACACCCAAGCCCGGGUCCCAAACCUAAGCCGAAGCCGAAGCCACCAAAGCCGAAGCCGACGCCACCAAAGCCCACACCUCCAAAGCCCGCUCCACCGAAGCCCAUGCCGCCACCGUCACCCAUGCCACCGAAACCCAUGCCGCCGCCAUCGCCCAUGCCACCGAAGCCAACCCCACCGAAGCCGCUGCCGAAGCGGCCGUGUCCUCCUAAUGCACCGAAGACGAAGCCAAAGCCAAAGCGGAAGCCUCCGCCGAAGACUAACCCGAAGCCGAAGCCGAAGCCGAAGCCGCCGUGCCCGCCAUCGGCCAAUGUAUCUACGUCGACCAACACCAGCUACAACUGAUGGGCGUACGGCACGACGUCUAUGCGCAUAUAUUUGAAGUAGAGCUCGCGAUAUAUAUAUAUAGCAUGAUAGUAAUAAUUAGAAAGAUUAUGUGGUUGCUACAUAUCAGUAUAUAUAGAUUAUUCUGUAAGGUUACUCUAUAGAUGAAGAACAAAUUCAUCAGCUCUAGCUAAGCUGGGUAUAGAACAGUAUGUGUUGCGGAAUAUUCCAUCUAUGUACGUGUUGUGUAAGAGAGUUCGUUGUGUAAGGGGAUUAAUAAGGGAAUAUACUAAUCU